AUGCACAGACUUAUUUCAGCCCGUAACAUAUAUCAGACUAAUUUACAAGGUUUUAAUUCGUCCUCUCAUUAUGUUGCAAAAAUCUUGAAUACCACGGAAGUAAAAUGUUCUUACUGCAGGAAAUUUUUACAAACUUCGAAUAUAACGGAAAACUUCUUCUCUAUUAGACAUCAAUCUACGAAAACAGCUAGUGCACUUAGAGCUCACAAAAAGAAAUCAAAACACAAAGUAUAUAAGAAAUAUGGAGAACUGUUGGAAGUUAAUGAAGGUAGCAUGUCAGAAUCCAUGGUGUCGAUAAGUAAACUACACGCUUCCCAUCUAUCUCAAUUGGCAUCCAGUACAAUAUCUCUUGGAGAACUUCACCAGUUGACAAAACCAGUAAAGAAAAUUAACCAUAUUAAAAAUUUGGACAAAAUCAAAGUGGACACUGAACUCUUGGAGACUGUUAAAAAGAAAAUUCUAAAAAAGGAAUCUGUCAUAAAACUAGAAGAUGACACAUGUGCCCUAAUUUUUUCCAACCACAACAUAUCUAGAUUAGAAGAUACAUUUAAAACAAAAGAUUAUCUUGAUAAAGUUAAGGAGAGUUAUUAUGACUUCAGAAAGACUACAAUUUUUCAUCAGAGCCUAAAAGAUUUGCGCUAUGCUAUUAAUGAGGGGUUGAAUCAAGAACUGAACUUCAACAAGCCUCCAAAUCCUGAAUCUUCAGCAAUACCAAAGAGUCCUCAUGCAGUAUUCCGAGAAAUUUUUGUAGAUAAUACUUUUGAUAAUUAUGAUCCAGAGUUAAUGAGUCAAUUAUCUCAUUUACAAUUGCAAGGUGUUUCCCCUCUGACUUUAGAAGAUAUAUGUGACACUGAGCACGGUGAUAUUUCAGAGAGUAAAGUUGAUGUAGAAUUAGAAAGUAUUGUAAAUAAUGUGCAAACACUGAAUGUUAAGAAAAUACAAACAGCGAUGAAAGAAAAACGUAAGAAAAUACGCGAAAAACGUCGUGCUGCAAAGGAAGUUAAUAUGAAAGAAGACAUUAAGCAACUCGGAAAGAGAGGAAAAGAAGAAGGGCUGCAAAGAACAUUGGCUGCUCACUUAAAAUUACUUUGUUCUCUUAAUAUGGUUUCUGAGGGUCAUCAUGUUUUAAAAUACUAUAGGCGAAGAGGUUCUAAUAGGGCCGACAUGCCACAGGUUAAGGAUGUGCAAAUAUACAACACCCUGUUACAUGGCUACGCGUCAGAGGGUAAGAUGGAACAAGCUAAGGAGCUGCUUUCACAAAUGGGAGAAGGCGGCAUUGAGAUGAAUGCACAGACAUUUGCUGCAAUAUUUGAAUGUGUACAACGAACUGAUAUAGAGGAAAAGAAUAAAGUUUUGAAUUUUUAUCAAAAGCUUAUGGAUGACAGAGGAAUAUCGUUAAACGACCUGUUGGACAAGUCAAAGUUUCUUUUUGACCAACGCGAAACAGUGCUCGAAGCAAUUAGACUAAUUGAGCCCAACUUCGAACCAAAAUACACACUACCUCCAUUGGAUUAUGAUUGCCCUUUGCUUGACAGAAUUAAAUUGGAUAAAGUAGAUAAUAGGAAAGGACUAUUCACGUCUCCAGCCGAGGGUUUAUUGACUCUGGAUGAAUUAAAAGCUAUAGGGAAAGAGCAAAUACAAAUGGAGAUUGAUAGUGAAAUUGAAGUGGAAAAUAUAGCUUUAAAGGACGACGAAUCAGCUACAUUUAGGGUAUAUCGGGAGCUAUGGAACGAAGCAGAGAAGGAGUGGCGCGAAGUAUUAAAAGAAGCCUUUAUUCGUAAUCUCAGCACGCUCAAGUCUCGUAGUCACGCUUCGCAGUCAGCAAUCACUUUAUACCCGUACUUGAAAGUUCUUGAGGUCGAUGAAUUUGUUGAACUAAUGAUGGGCGAAAUAAUGAAAUUAGUGAGUGGCAGUGAGUCGUACAGUCCUACACUCAAGUUAUUGCAACGAGAUUUGGGUGCACAGGUGUAUAGCAAGUACCAAAUAGACCAAUUCAAGAAGAACGGAGUGCAAAAGAAAAUUGAACAAGUGUACGAGAAGUAUUGCAAGUGGUAUUUGGAGAGGCACCCGCUUGACGACAGCGGACGGCCAUACAACGGUCGACAGGCGUGGCAGUUACUCGUACACCAAAAUAGAGAUGGCGCUAGUUUAGACAUAGAAGAAACUCCAUGGUCUUCGGAAAUUCGACUGAACAUCGGCAAAUUCCUUUACAAUAUCAUUAUAAACGAUGUUAAAAUUGAUGUCAAUUUGUUCAAGCCGAAAGCUAAAGUUAAAAAGCUGCCAGCUGUGUACAAAGUGCAUCGGCCGUGGGGUCGUUUCGUCCGCCUGGAGUUGAAACCCCACCCUAUCCUCACACGACUGUGCGCUGCCACAGCGCGCCCCACUUUGCGUAUGCGCACGUCACUCGCUCCCACCGUAUCGCCACCAGCGCCGUGGCUCACGGCUACCACGCCCGGAGCGUACUUGCUCACGGGGACGCCCCUUAUUAGGAUGCCAGUAUAUGUAAUGACCCAAAUGCAGAGACUGAGGGAAGCGCCGCAAACAGAGCUUUACCCCGUUCUUGACAGCUUGAAUCAACUGGGAGAGGUGCCCUGGGUCAUCAAUGGACCCAUAUUGGACCUUCAGCUUAAAGUCUUUAAAUCGGGAGGUGACAAAAAACUAGACAUUCCAUCUCCAGCCUCAUCUCUUGAACUAUCGGAUAUUGAUUCUUCGGAAGGCGCGAACGAGGCGAGCACAUCCUACAAACGUCGGAUCGCGUUGAACCGCGCACGCGCUGAUAUGCAUUCGUUGUGGUGCGACUCGUUGUACAAGCUAUCGCUUUCAAACCACUACAGGAAUCGAGUCUUCUGGCUGCCACAUAACAUGGAUUUUCGUGGACGUGUUUAUGCAGUUGGACCCCACGUGUCCGCUUUGGGUGCGGAUGCGGCACGCGCCCUACUUGUAAUGGCGCGUAAACGACCUCUCGGUGAACGUGGCUUAUACUGGCUCAAGUUACAUGCCAUAAAUCUCACGGGCACAAAGAAACGAAGCACUAUUGAGGAACGAUUACAAUUCGCGGAUAGCAUAAUAGAUAAGAUAUUGGACUCGGCAGACCAUCCUCUGGACGGUCAGGGCUGGUGGAAAAAGUCAGAAGAGCCUUGGCAGACCCUUGCUUGCUGCAUGGAGAUAGCCAAUGCGAUAAGGUCACCAAAUCCUGCAGAAUAUAUGUGCGGUUUUCCUGUACACCAAGACGGUUCGUGUAAUGGCUUACAGCAUUAUGCGGCGUUGGGUGGAGACUCGGCGGGUGCGGCUGCAGUUAAUCUUGCACCGCUCGACCGACCGCAAGAUGUCUACAGUGAGGUCGCUGCUAUGAUUGAAUCUAUGAGGAUCCGUGAUGCUGAAGCGGGUGUGAAGCCGGCUAUCGUCCUCGACGGGUUUGUGCGACGAAAAGUAAUAAAACAGACUGUCAUGACGACUGUGUACGGAGUUACCAGGUUCGGUGCUCGGCUGCAAAUCGCUAAACAGCUUAAAGAUAUCGACGAAUUCCCAAAGGAGCACGUUUGGGCUUGUUCCUUAUACCUGACUUCGAAGACUUUCGACAGUCUUAAAGCUAUGUUUACUUCAACGAAGCUCAUUCAGGACUGGUUCACCGAUUGUGCUAAGAUGAUAUCAGGAGUGUGUGGCGAGAGUGUCGAGUGGAAAACUCCGUUGGGUCUGCCUGUGUUGCAGCCCUAUUAUCGGCGGAGCAACAGUUCUAAUUUACCGUGUGCGGCGCCUGUCGACCUGAAUCAACGUCCAUGCACAAUGAAGCAACGCAACGCAUUUCCACCGAACUUCAUCCAUUCGCUGGACUCGUCCCACAUGAUGCUGACGGGAUUGUACUGCGAGGCGAACGCCGUCACCUUUGUGUCCGUCCACGACUGUUUCUGGACACAUCCCAACACUGUUGACCAGAUGAACAAGAUAUGUCGGGAACAGUUUGUGGCGCUUCAUUCGCAGCCUAUUUUAGAAAAUCUCUCCGAUUUUAUGGUGAAGAGAUACAGUUACCCAGAGAAAGACCUCAACGACGACUCAGCUCCUGCAGCGAACAGGAAACGCGUAAACUCUCUCCUCAAAAAAGUGCCAGAGAAGGGAGAUUUUGACAUCAAAAGCGUAUCGCGUUCGGUGUAUUUUUUCAGUUAG